UUUCAGCUUUCAACUACAAUCUUUUCACACAAUAUUAUCACAAUUGCUUUCUAUGCGGCAAUUGUGACCUCGUAGUCUUCAGUGUUUCCUCCAAUAAUCAUUAAAAAAGUUAGUAAAGAACAUUGCAAUCAUGAGCAUGCGCGAUCUGAUUGACGGUGACGUCGAGGUUGAUGAAGAGGAACUGGAUGAGGAUUUUGAUGAGGAAACUGGUGAAGCUCGCUCUGCACAGCCGCGACGACAAAAUGGAGGCUUGGAGGAUGAUUCGAGUGAAGAAGAAGAUGAUGACGAUGAGGAGGCAGCUCGUGCGGUACAUGGCUCUACUACUAAAAUCACUAUUUGCGCGUCGUCACUGACACAUAUCUAGAUUCGGGAAGGUUUUAUUGUAGAUGAAGAUGAAGAAGACGAUGAUGAUGCGAGAAGUAGACGUCGCCGCAGAGAAAAGAAACGCCGAAGAGAGCAACGUGAAGAGGAGGGUCUGGAUGACGAAGAUUUGGAUCUUAUCGGAGAAGCAAAUCCAGAAUGGGAGAGGAAGACAACACAGCAGGUUGGUUAUAUUUGAUUCUAUCUAAUUACUGUGCUAAUAUCCAUACAGCCAAAGUUUAAGCGUCUUAAGCGUGGUCACCGAGACGAUAACGAACAUGAUCGGGAGCGCGGCCUGGACCAAAUCUUCUCUGACGAUGAAGAACAAGACGCACCUCUCGAGUACGAGCGUUCUUUCGCACGCCCAGAUCAUCGCAUUGAUGAAUUCGCAGACUUCAUCGAGGAAGACGAACUGGAGGAUGACGAAAGGGAUAGACUUGCUGAAGAAAGGGAGGUGGCUCGUCCAAGAGAGAAGGGUUACGUUGGCGGUGCAGAAACAGCAGGUCUUGAUAAGGAUGCUUUAGAUGAUAUGGAAGCUAUUUUUGGAAAUGGUGAGGAUUACGAUUGGGCUCUCGCUUUGGAAGAUGAAGCCGAAGCAGCGGAAGCUGGCGACCAGAAUCUCGAGCUAAAGGAUGUCUUCGAACCUUCCCAGCUCGCAGAGAAGCUACUUACGGACGAGGAUAAUUUCAUUCGGUACUCUGAUGAACCGGAACGAUUUCAGCUCGACCGCAAGCCUUAUAAACAUUUACAAAUCAACGACGAACAGUUCAAGGAGGAAGCUCGAUGGAUCACAAGUCUGAUUUGGCCGAAAAAGAACUUCAGCGGAGAUAUGCAAGCACCAUUCACCAAGGCUAUCAGCAAAGUGUUAGAGUUCUUUGUUGUGGACGAAGUCGAAGUUCCUUACGUGUUUCAACACCGAAAGGAUUAUCUCAUCCAUGCCAGGAAGAGCAAAACACGAUCGGAUCCUAACAAUCCAGAUGCGCCCGACUACGAAGUAACCGCGGACAAGCUCUUGAAUCAAGAUGACCUCUGGCGCAUUUUGGAACUCGACUUGAAGUUCAGGGCACUAAUCGAUAAGCGAAAUGUUCUUGAAAAGACCUACGAUAACCUGAAGUUGGCCACCAGUAUUAGUGAUGCAACCUUUGAGCAAAUGUUACCGAACGCGCAGACCAUGGAAGAGCUCCAGGAUAUCCAGGAUUACCUCUAUUUCCAAUACUCAUCAGAAAUCAAGUCUUUGCAAGGUUCCAAUGGUGAAGUCAAAGAAAAACGAGCUGGAAACAAAGCAUCAAGAUUCGAUCGUAUUCGCAAGAGCGGGGCUUACCAACUUGUACGAGCAUAUGGAAUCACGGCCGAUGAGAUUGCCGGAAAUCUUCUACUGGAAGGCCGUAAGAAAUAUACAGAGGAUCCUCCUUUGAGCCCAAUUGAUCUUGCCGACACCCUGACUGGCUCAGAUGACUUCACCACAGGUGAAGCCGUUUUGAACGCAGCACGAAGCUUAUUUGCCGAGGAACUUUUUAUGAGCCCGAAGAUGCGCCAGCAUUUCAGGAAACAUCAUUACAUGGGCGGACUUGUUAGCUGUGCUAGAACGGAUAAAGGCCUAAAGAAGAUCGAUGAACAACACCCAUACUAUGAACUUAAAUACCUCAAGAAUCAAACUUUUAGCGACAUCGCGAGCAAGCCUGAAAUGUUCUUAAAGAUGUUGAAAGCCGAGGAAGAAGGCUUGUUAGAGGUUCAAGUAUCUCUUCAAAACGAGCGAGAUUUCCGACGACAAAUUUUUGGAGAGUUUAGAUCCGAUAACUACAGUGAGGUCGCUGAUGCUUGGAAUGACGAAAGACAAAAAGUUCUUGACAUGGCAUUCACAAAACUCGAAAGGACUAUCACUAAAGGAGUGAAGGAAAGCAUGCGAACAGAAUGCCAAGAUUCUAUCCUCAAAAUCUGUCGAGAGGAAUACUCAAGAAAACUUGAUCAGGCGCCAUACAAGCCAAAAGGCAUGGUUUUGGGUACUAUUCCUCGGGUCCUUGCUUUAUCUAAUGGCAACGGUGACCCCGGUCGUGAUGCCGUAUGCUGGGCGUAUGUUGAAGAAGACGGUCGAGUUUUGGACCACGGAAAGUUUGACAAUCUCUCAAGAGAUCAAAGAGCUAGAGAAGCAUUUGUCGAAUUGGUACGCAACAAGAAACCCGAUGUUCUCGGAAUCAGCGGUUUCUCUGUUGAGACUCAUAAGCUUGUAUUAAGCCUUAAAGAAUUGGUGCAGGAACACUCUCUGCGAGGAAAUGAGUUUGAGGAUGAAAGUGGUGAGGAGCGAACUGAGCCUCUGGACAUCAUUGUCGUGAACGAUGAAGUAGCCCGACUAUAUAAAGACAGCCCCAGAGCCGCUGUUGAUCACCCUGCAUUUGCACCACUCGCCAGGUAUUGUGUUGGUUUGGCUAAAUAUAUUCAAAAUCCAAUGAAGGAGUACGCAGCCCUUGGGAAGGAUAUUGUUUCAUUAUCUUUCCACCCAUGUCAACAGUUGUUGCCCGAGGAUAAGCUUCGAAGACAACUGGAAACUGCAAUGGUAGACAUGGUCAACCUUUGUGGAGUCAAUAUCAACGAAGCGGUCAAUGACGCCUAUACAGCAAACCUUUUGCCUUUUAUCUGUGGUCUUGGUCCUCGAAAGGCUACCGCUGUCCUGAAAUCCAUCAAUGCCAACGGUGGUGUGGUUAACACUCGCGAGGAGCUCGUUGGCGAUCCAGAUAACAACAAGCUACCCGUCGUAGGUCCCCGAGUGUGGAAUAACUGUGCCAGUUUUCUUUACAUGGAGUACGACAGCGCAAACCCCGCCUCUGACUAUCUUGACAAUACUCGUGUGCACCCAGAGGACUAUGAACUUGGUAGGAAAAUGGCAGCUGAUGCACUCGAGCUUGAUGAAGAGGAUGUGAAAGCAGAAGUGGAUGAGGGUGGACCAGGAGCUAUUGUCCGCAAGCUCAUCAAGGAUGACGAGCAGGAAAAAGUAAACGACCUAAUUCUUGAAGAGUAUGCCGAUCAAUUGGAGAGGAAUUACAAUCAACGCAAACGCGCCACACUCGAGACCAUUCGUGCGGAAUUGUUACAGCCAUAUGAAGAACUGCGACGCAACUUUGGAAUAUUGAUAGACGAUGAUAUUUUCACCAUGUUAACCGGAGAAACUCACGAAUCGUUAUGUGAAGGCAUGAUCGUAUCUGUUAAUAUCCGAGUGGCAAAGGAUGACUUCAUUAUCGCUAAGCUGGAUUCUGGUAUUGAAGGACGUGUUGAGAAAGACGAUGGUUCAGAUAACCCCAAUGCCUCUCUUCAUCGUUUGUUCUCUGUUGGCCAAACUGCUCAAGCUAAACUGCUCGACGUUGACCGACGAAACUUCGCUGCCAGACUAUCACUUCGCGAGUCACAAAUGCGACCAUACAGGAAACGCAUUGAUCGCGAUAUAGGUACCUGGGACUCACUUCAAGAGCAAAAAGACAGGGAAGAGCUGCGCGAGAAAGACAAGGCCACCGGCCGCGUUCAGCGAGUUGUCAAACACCCCCUCUUUAGACCAUUCAAUGCCACACAGGCUGAAGAGUACCUCGGUUCACAAGCCCCUGGCGAUGCUGUCAUUCGUCCUUCGUCCAAAGGAAAUGAUCAUUUGGCAGUUACGUGGAAAGUUGCUGAUGGUGUUUACCAGCAUCUUGAUGUCUUAGAGCUACAAAAGGAGAAUGAGUUUUCAGUUGGACGACAGUUGAGAAUUGGCAACAAAUACAACUAUAGUGAUCUCGAUGAAUUGAUCGUGGAUCAUGUUAAGGCCAUGUCCAAGAAGGUUGAAGAGAUGAUGCUGCAUGAGAAGUUCCAAAAAGGCAGCAGGGCUGACACAGGUAAGACCUGUUCAUAUUAACUCAUGAAAUAUAGUAAAUGUACUGACUUUCAUUUUUUAGAGCGUUGGUUGACCACCUACACUGAGGCCAACCCUAAGCGAUCUGUAUAUGCAUUUUGUCUCGAUACGAGACAUCCUGGAUAUUUCCAUCUUUGCUUUAAAGCUGGCCAACAAGCGCGCGUCAAUUCAUGGGCCAUACGGGUCGUUCCCAAUGCUUUUGAGUUAUUAAAGAGUCCAUACCCUGAUAUGAAGGCUCUGUGUAAUGGAUUCAAACUGCGCCACGCUGCGGAAAUGAACCGAAGAUGAUAAGGAUUAGGGGUAUUUUGGGGGCUAAUGAGCUGGGGGUCAAAUAUGAUAGACAACCUACAAUGCAUUCUUCUACAACAUGUAACAAAAGUUUUCAGGGGUAACUUUAGCAUUCCAAGGGGUUCAAAAUGGACGAUACUAUCCAUUAGGCUAAAAGCUAAAAGCUAGGCAAAAAUUCGAGCCAAGUUUAUGCGGAGUAAUUAAUUCAGACCUAUUUACAUACCCAGUACUUGAUAGUACUUCCAUGAAAAUUAGAACUUAAGCAAUUCAUUAAACCAUUUUAGUCGGUACCUUGGUUCC